CAGGAAUCAGGGUCAUCGAGUUGUCGAACGUGAGCAUCAGAUCCGACCCCGACUUCUCUCCGUCUCUCAGUCACAAACCUGGGGUUAUUCAACGUCUAGCUGCUUGGACUGAUGGGCUGCCUGAAGAGGUGAUCCCGCACGUAUAUUGGCAGAUGGAUUUUGAAAAAGGCAAAGAAGGCCGACCCUUCCUCCGUAUGGUGCGUGUUGACACGGUGUUAUGGCCUUUGGAUUUUCUCGAAUUAUGCGACGCUGUCACACAUGAACGCGUCUCGUUCUUUUGUGCGAUGGUCACAAAGUUUACGUCCAAGAUGGCUCUUGCGUGUGGGAAAAUGCCCCAUCUCAGUCACUUGUUGCUCGCGUGUCGUGAAGGGAAGGCAGGAUCUGAGGACAAGGAGCUUGCGGCAGCAUUAGGAAAAGGGUGCAAGAGAGUGGAGAAGAUGCUGAUGUUGGAAGAAGAGAAUACUGAAGGACAGGAUAUUCCAGAUGCCGAAUUGCUUCUAAAAUACGCGAAGCUCUACGGACAAAGUAUGAGGAAGUUGCGCACCUUGAACAUGAACCUCGGCGAAGCCACAAUCAGUCGUAAUGAUAACGGCGAUGUCAUUGCAAUCAAGGCCACCAAACAGAAGGGGUAUAUGAAUGACAUACCUCGCGUAUCUCGCUCUGAUCAUUUUGAUCAUGUAUACGGGAAGGUCUAAUGGCAAUGUGCCAAUUAGCUGGUGCUCUGCAGCUGGGGAAUGAAAGGAUAAGGUGCAGAACUAGUGGGCGUGGGAGUAAACGUAUUUCAGACUUCUCCACUUACAGGUGAUUUUGAUAUGCAAUAAGGAAUAUAACAACGAACGCAAAUUAUCAAUUUAAGGUCACUUGAUUAAUCUUUUUCAAUACCCCCAACUCUCACUCUCUGUAGAAGAUAAAUGGCCCU